AUGGGAUUUUUGCCAUCACUUUUGAGUGGGCAUGAAAAGCAACAUGAAACAUUAAUUAAGCUUCUUGUGCUCACAUUAUCAUCAAUUGUAGCCUUUACUGUACGUUUAUUUGCAGUAAUUAGAUUCGAGUCAGUUAUUCACGAAUUCGAUCCUUAUUUCAAUUAUCGAACAACAAAAUAUUUAACUGAAAAUGGCUAUUAUGCUUUUCAUAAUUGGUUUGAUGCAUAUGCUUGGUAUCCUUUGGGUCGAAUUAUUGGUGGAACUAUUUAUCCAGGUCAUUUUAUUUUUGAGUAAAGUAGGGAAAGAUAAGGCUGGAGCCCCACUUUUUUCUUUUCAAGUUUUUUUCCCUUUAUAUGGAUAGAAUGGUCAGUUUUCCUUA